GGGUGGGGCGUGGGAGCGGAGCGCAGGCGCGGCUGCGCGAAGAUGGCGGAGGGCGCCGAGCGUGAGGAGCGGGCGCGGCGGCUGGUGCGGUUGACCGGGGCGGCGGAGGAAGGCGCCAGGGCCCGCCUGGAGGCGGCCGGCUGGGACGUGCAGCUAGCACUGGCUAGUUUCUUUGAGGAUGGCAGUGAAAAUCAACCAGUUCAAGAUGUACCAACGUUUAAUAAUCCCUCUAAUUUCAGACCUGUGGUGCAUAGCAGCGGUACCUCCCGAAUAUCUUCUUUGAAAGACUUGAAGAAGGAACAAAGUAACAGUUCAGCUGAUGAAGGUGAACGUUUUUAUGCAGGUGGUUCUGAACACAGUGGCCAACAAAUAGUUGAACCGCCAAAGAAAAAGAAUCUAAAUGAAAUUGUGGAUGACCUUUUUAAAGGAGCUAAGGAACAUGGGGCAGUUCCAGUGGAUCACUGGACAGAAAGUGUAGGCGAGGCAAACAGAGCUGUGCCUUUUGCUGGUGGUGGAUACCGACUGGGAGCAUCAUCACAAGAAUUAUCUGAAUAUGUUUCACAAGAUAAAAAACAAGAUUCUAGUCUAGAUGUUCAGAUUUUGCUGAAGCUGUGGAAAAAUGGCUUCAGUUUGGACGAUGGAGAACUCAGAACUUACACAGACCCUAAAAAUGCACAGUUUUUGGAAUCCAUUAGCAGGGGGGAAAUUCCUGCGGAGCUCCAAAAAUUGGUUCAUGGGAGUCAUGUAAGUUUGGAUAUGGAGGAUCACAGAAGUGAAGAAUAUUUAAAACACAAAUUGAAGUUUAAGGCAUUUUCUGGAGAUGGACAAAAAUUGGGAAGCCCCACACCAACUAUAGUUAGCACACCAUCUUCUCCAGAAGAGGAAUUCAAAUACUUUGUUAAUGUUUUGAACGUGAAUGAAGCUGAGCCAACCACCACUGUUCAAAUCCGUCUAGCAGAUGGGAGUCGCUUAGUGCAGAAAUUCAAUCAAACUCAUAGAAUUAGUGAUAUCCGUCAGUUUAUUAUUCAACAUCAUCCUGUCUUUGCUACUUCCUCCUUUGUACUGAUGACUACAUUUCCAAAUAAAGAACUGACAGAUGAAGAGCAAACUCUGCAAGAGGCCAAGUUGUUAAAUGCGGUGAUUGUUCAGCGUUUGAAGUAACUUCAUCUUGGAUAUGUAAGACCAUACAGGAUAGAAAGGUUACAAAUCUUUCAAUGCACUGAAUUUGAGCUGAAUGGCAAAAACUGAUAAAAUUGCCAAUAUAUUGCAAAACAUUUUGGCACAGUUGAAGAAAUGAAGCUGCUGUGGCUUGCAGCAAGCACUUAUCUUCAUUUCUGAGGAAAACUAAUGGGAACAAUUAACUAAACAUGAAAUGAACUGUUACUAUGUGCAAGUCUACUAAUUCUCAAAUGGUAAAUCCUUUGCUGCAUUACUAUAUGGAAAUAUGUAACAGUGACUGAAAUGUUCAGGCUGUUAUAAUCUUGAGUCCUUGUUUAAAACUGCUACUGUUUUGGGAUAGGUUUACUUGAAUUUUUUUCCAAACACUAACUUAAAUCAUGCAUCUGGAGAUGAUGUUAUCCACUAGGUAAUAAGGAUAGACAUAAUUAUACAUGAUAAUGGUUGUAUACAAAUUUAGAAUAUCAUCCUUCUGACAAGAGAGCUAUAAAAUUAAAAUUUAUACUGUUGGUAAUCUUAAUUGUAGAAUAAGUUGUUCUUUAUGUAUUCCAUAAAUUAUGUCAUGAUGAAUGCUGCUUAACUUCUUAUUCUCGCAGUUUCCAUGAAAUGAAUAUUACCAGCAGUCAAAAACAGUCCUUGAAAAAUGGCUGCUGCAACAACUUAUGGGUCUGUUUCUUUAAAAAAAAACUUAAGCAACCAAAUUUAGUAAUUAUAAAACAAGACUCAAUCAUAAUUAAAUUAUUGAAUUAAUAAAAUAAAAUAAUGUUUAAAGUUCUGGUAGCAAUUCACGGAGGAAAAAUCAAAUGGUAAUUUCUUUUUAAAUGUAGAAAAAACUGAAGCAGAAUAUGGCAAACGAAAUAAAAACGGAAACUGUUGGAAUUGCUCAGAAGCAAAGAUUAUGUUCAUAAGAAAAACUUGGGAUAAAUGCUCAUAAGACUACUCCAUGAAUAACCAAGUUGUAAGGUUGACAUCACUGAAAGAAUGCAAAUGCAAGCAUAGAGUUUGCAUUUCCUUUAGUUUUAGAUCAAGAUUAUGCAUUAAAUUGUGAUUAGUAUAAAAAGGCUAUUGUUCUGAUCCCUGUUAAAUAUAUUAUUUGCAAAUAAUAUAAUGGAAGACAAGUACAAAUGUACAAUAACAAACUGUACUUGACCCUUCAAGCCAGCUCCAACAUUUGAGAAGAUCAUGGCAGAUCUGACUGAAACUUAAAGUCUACAUUUCAAUGUACCUGUGGUAACUUUUCACCCCCUUAUAAUCAAACACCUAUCUGUCUCUGCCUUGGAAAUAUCCAAAGUCUUUGCUCCCACUGCCCUUUGAAGAAGAGUUAUGAUCCUUAGAAAAAGUAUUCACAUCUCUGUCUUAAAUGGGUGACCCCUUAUUUUAGAACAGUGAUUGUGGUUCUCACAAGAGGAAACAUUCUUUCUGUAUCCAUCCAGUCAAAACCCCUCAGGACCUUGCAUGUUUCAAUCAAGUUUUCUCUCACUCUUCUAAACUCCAGCAGAAUAUACUAAUAUGCAAGUAUAGCCCCUCCAAACUUUCCUCAUAAGAUAGCACCCUCCACAACCACCCCCGCCCAAUUCCGGGCAUUCUUCCUUAGCAUUCUUCCUUAGAUAAGGAGACCAACAGUCAACAUGCAUCCUCUACACCCACUACUUAUGAAUGAUUUUGCCUGUGGUCCCAAACUUCAAUAGGCAUUUUCCUGCAGUGACUCCUCAGAGAAAAUGGAGGCAGCACCAGGAGCUGGCAGCCACUGCGAAGGGAGUGGGGUCCUAGCAAUGGGAGUGGGAGAUGUAUGAGCAAGGUCUUGCAGUGGCAAUGCACUUGUUUCAAAUUCUGAACAAGUUGAUGUAUGAGCAGGUUUCACAAAUGAAACUGCUUCGUAAGCAAGGGACUUCCUGUAUAACAUUAUCUCCCCACUUUUGUAUUUGUUUCCCCUUGCAAUAAACAAUAACAUUCUGUUAGCUUUCCAAACUGCUUCCUGUAUCUGCAUAAUAACCUUUUGCAAAUUAAGGCACUUUUACACUCAGAUCCUUCUGCACAUCAGAUCUGCAUUCUUUCAUCAUUUAGAUAUUUUAUUUUUCCUGCCAAAAUGGACAAUUUAACAUUUUCCCACCUUGUGUUCCAUUUGCCAGAUUUUUGCCCACUUACUUAUCCUAUCUGUUCUUUGAACCCUUCUUGUGUUCUCUUCACAGCUUGCUUUCUUACCCACCUUCAUGUCAUGGACAAACUUAGCAACCAUUGGAUAUUAGUAAUCAUAGAAUUACUGGCAAUCGAGAAUUGUUUUGUGCGUUUAAAGUAGCAGCGAUAUAUUGAACUAUGCUGAACCUUUCAUGAAAUGGCUACAUACUAUGAAUUUGACUGUCCAAGUUGAGCAUGUACCUUUCUGCUUCUAUAAGAUUCUAUAAGAAUUGCUUUCCAUUUAUUCCUAAUUUAUUUUUAAUUUUCAAUUAUGCUCUGCCUUUAAUUCCACCAAUAGUUCCCCUUCUGAAGAUCACAAGUGCCCCUUCUGAAGAUUAGCUCCAUUUCCCACCAGUAGCUUGUAAGAUGUAACAUUGUGGCUAGGAAGAUUGAGAAAAGUGUUGGGACAAUGAUUCAGGUUUGUUUGACACCAGUCUUCACUGAGAAUGGUGCUGUUGCAGACUCAUUGGUCAACAUUAUGCUCACAUGCUGUCAUUUUGCAAGUAUAAGAUGGAGGUGAAUUUCUAUGGGCAGCCCAAUUUGAAGAGGAUAUUCCACUGCAUCUCCCAAUUGAUGGAGUGAAAGGCUUUGGUGAAGUAAAAACAAAACAUGCACAGUGGCUGGUGCUGCUCCUUCACUUGUAGUUGUCCAUUGUUCCUCCUAGAUGGAUAGAAGCAACACUGAUUUGGGGAGCUGCUCUUCACUCACUGGGAGGAGGCAGCUGAGGAGGACACUGGCGAUAGUGUUCCCCAUGAAAGACAAUAGGAAGACCCCUUUGUGGUUACCAAAAUAGAAUGUUUUUUUUUGUAACGAUCACAGCGUCUCAGAGGUCCCUGGGAUAGUCUCCUCUUCCCGGCUGUGGGUGAUGGGGCAAUGAGUUUGCAACUGAAGCUCUUCACUGCCAAGUUUUAGGAUUUCAGCGGAGAUGCAAUCAGUUACAGAGACCUUGUUUUUUUUUGGUUAGGAUGUGGCCUUCACAACAACUUGUCGGCAAGUAGCAGCAAAGCUGUUUGGAAGAGCUGCUGUGGGGUGUAGUCUAGGGCACUUACAACAAGGGCAGGGUUUCAUUUGAGUUGGUCCUUGAAGUGUUCUUUCCUGCAGGCAUUGACUGCCUCACUGUUGCUUUUGACUUCAGGCUGUGCUUGGCUUUCUUGAUGGGCUGACAACACACAGAACAUAAAUUAUACAAGACAGUGAAGAAAAAGACUGUGAAAAACAAGACAUUAGUGCAAAAAAACACAAUUGGAAAUGUCCACAGUUGUCCAAGAGGUAGUCCAUAGUGUUCCAUUGCUGAGGUAGGAUUAGGGUAGUGUGGGUCAGUUCAAAAAUUUGAUUAGUUGUAGGAAAGUAGCUGUACCUGAACCUGGUGGUGUGGGACUUCGGGCUUCUGUACCUCCUGCCUGACAGUAGCAGCUUGAAGAGGGCAUGGCAUGAAUGGUGGGGAUCAUUUGAUGAUAGAUGCUGCCCUCUUAAGGCAGCACCUCACGUGGAUGCUUUCGAUGGUGGCGAGGGAUGUGCCCAUGAUGGACUGGCUGCGUCCGCUACUCUCUGCAACCCCUUGCGUUCCUGUGUGUUGGAAUUGUUGUACCAUACCAUGAUGUAACUAGUCAGGAUACUUUCUACCAUGCAUCUGUAGAUGUUUGUUGAGUAUUUAGUGACACGUUGAUGCUGAUGUUUUGAAGGCCAAUUGAUAGAGGUAACAAAGCAGAUUAGGCAAUGGUUAGUGUAGUAGUCAUUUGUGUCUGUCAUGGUAUGGAUGUUGCAGACAUCUUUUCAGUCCUUCGUGUGAACAUUGAUAUAAUCUAGCAGGAGCCAGUGCUUGGUCCAGUGGUGCUGCCAUGAUGUCUUGUGCAUGUCUCUCCAAAGAAAUGGUAUUUGUUAAGAUGAGACUGUGCCCUCUUGUGUCUGUUAGAGGAAAAUACACGUGGUGUCCCGCAGCUUAAAAAGGAACUGCCAUCUUCACUGACUCAUACUGUCAUUCCCUUAGACUUAUUAAAGUAUGACAGCAGAAUGUCUUGGAAAUGGAAAAGACUACCAGCUUACACUAAUUUUCAAAGGUUGUUUGAAGACGUAGUUUCUGUAACUGCAAAAUUGCUUAUUAAACAAUACAUUCGGUUUAAGAACCUCAUGGAAUGUACCUUUUGCAUAUUUUUCCUAGUAAACAGGCAUAUUGAAUUGUAUGCAAGAAGAAAAGCUGAUUGCUCCUUCAUAGUUUGCACCAAAACGCUAUUGUAUUUAAAUGCAUGUUACAUCGUCUGCAGGAUGCAAUGAAUCAUACAACUUUUAAGGAAUUGUUCAGAAUCCAGUAAGUUGAAACUGUAUUAAAUGUAUUCAUGUUUGCCUGCAACAAAGCUCUUUUAUUUCGUAUUAGAGCUGCAGUAUCCCCUCAGUCAGUGGUACAGCACCACUAAAUGGUCAGU